CUGAAGGUCCCUGGAGCUGCAACAGUAAUGCUGCAACAGUGAACUCUACGCCCAUUAACGUGCCAGUUUAUUUAGCCCUUAAACAGUUGCCCUUGCAUUGUAAGUGGCACAGGAGACAGGAGCACAGCUGAGUGGCCGGCAGCAAUGGUUGGCAGACUGAACUUGCAGGAUGUCCCUGAUCUGCUGGACAUGAAGAAGAAAGGUGAAAGGGUGUUGGACAGCCCUGACUCUGGGCUCCCCCCCAGCCCCUGCCCCAGUAACUGGCACCUGUCUGCUGUGGUAACUGAGAAAUCUGCUGAGCAAGACAUCUCUGGGCAAAAUACCCCAGCAAAUUUGGCCCUCUCGUUGAGCCUAUCGAGCAGCUUCACACCAAGACUGUGCCCUUUAUCGUUCGGAGAGGGAGUGGAGUUUGAUCCAUUGCCACCAAAGGAGAUAAGGUACACCUCAUCAGUUAAAUACGAUUCAGAGAAGCAUUUUAUCGACAACAUCUACAUGCCAAUGGGAUUAGGACUGUCCUCCUGCAGCCAAACUGUGAUUUGUGUCCCCAACUGUACAUGGCGCAAUUACAGAGCAGAAGUUCAUUUAGAACCUAAGAACAAACCCCAGAGAUUCAAGAGCACCACCAUUGUUUAUCCCAAGCACACUAAGGUUAUUUACACCACUACCCUGGAUUAUAACUGCAAGAAGUGCAUGAGGCGUUUCCUAUCCAGCGUAGAGCUGGAAUCUGCUGAACACCUGGGCAAUGAGUGCUACGGAGAUGAUUAUUAGUUAUAUUUUCUCCUUACUGUCAAGGUUUAAGAAUGUAAUCAUUUUGGAAUUACUGUGACACUUUGAUCUCAAACAAUAAUUACAGUUAAGCAUAUUACAUAACGACAGCUUUGAAGUAUUUGAAAAUGGACCGUCUUCCAGAACAUGGACUCAGUGUGAGACUUGAUAGGUUUUUGUUAAUGAGAUUUACGGUAGGCAAAAGGUUUUCCCUCUGUGGAUUGGUGGGAACUGGCACUUACUGCAAAUCCAUCAUUGUGUGAGCCCUGAAAUCGUCUGCUUUUUACAUUUACAUACUUCUGAAAGGUUUUCUCAUGAAAGUUAUCAUUUAGAAGCUGGUCCUUCUCCAAAAACAAAAAAGAAAAGAAAGAAAGAGAGAAGAAAAAUAACUAUUCUGCCUCUAUUUACAGAAGAUGAAAAUAUUAUGUUAUAUGCCUCUAAUAUUAUAUAACUAAACCAAGACAGUCCUGGGCUCAAAUAUGUUUUGUCCUACACAGCUGAAAAACAAAAGAAAGAUAAAACCUAAUUCUGUCCUUACUGUAUAUAUUAUUUCAAACUAAACAUGGAUAUGUCUGGUGAAUUGAAUUAAGGGAUAUGAGGAAAAAGUUGUAUAAUUUUUAACUUUGCUUACGCUUGAACCCCUGUUCUGUGCAGCCAGUGAGGUUACUAAAUCUAAUGCUGAACUGGAAUUGUUACCUCUGCAAAGGAAGAAAAGGAUUCCGUGCACCUGAAUUGUUUAUUUGUCUUUAUUUUUAACCCCAAACUGUGUUUUGUGUAGACAUUAAAACAGUUAGGGAAAUGAAUUGAUAUAUCUCAAUAUUCACGCCACAAAUGUUAAUGUAACUCGCAAAAGGGGCCAGAGGCCUACAUAUACUGUCUGGUGUUGUACUAGAAAAUGAUACCAAAGAUACAAACAUGAGAUACAAUAAAUAUUAUAUUACCGUGCAAUAAUA